AUGUCUGCCUCACCAAGCUCUACUGCCUUCCGAUCCCGUGGCUUCCAGGCACCAUCUAGUUCUACACCAGUGCAACCACCUACUGUGUCUGAUCUGCCCAUCAACACUGAUGUGCAUGGUGAAGCUGAUGACAGCGAAGUUGCUGGAGACACCAACAACAAUGGCACUGAUAGUGAUGACCCUACCCCUGGUGAUGCCUCUACUGUCAAAAGCAUUGAGACUUCGAUCACAAAAUAUGCAGCCCUUUAUGCCAUUUUCCAUUCUCCUUUUUUAUCGAAAGCUUCCCUUCUGGUGGAACUCAGCAGUGAUUUCCACUCAUGGGCACCAACAGAAAUGUUUUCAUCUGUUGAAAAUUUCAAUCAAUUCUGUGUCCACAAAAUUCUCACAAUGAAAUAUCCUAUCUUAACAAAUGAGCUCCACACUCAUUCUGGAGCUAUGCCUUGGUCAGCAAAGUUUGUUUCAGCUGUUGGGGCACGAAGGCGGCAAAUGAUGAGCCGCUUGCGGCAAUCAAGUUUUCAACUGUUUGGCAUGGACCUAAGCAUACCAGUGCUGAAGUUGGGUCAUGGCCCAACUGUGGAACAACUUCAAGAAUAUUUGGGAGUAAUCCCUGAUUCUACCAACCCCUUCAACCACUUGCCUUUGUUCUUGUUCCCAGACAAUGACCGAUCUCAUCAUCAACAUGUGUUUUGCUCACAGGUCCUUGCAGCUGGGAUAAUUGUCAUUAUUUUUGGUCCUUCUGCACUCAAUGGCCCUGUUUCUUCCAUCCCCUUUCCAGGAUCCCCUGAGCUUGAGAAUUGGGAGCCUGCAAAAUUAUAUGCAUCACAAAGGGCACUAGGGAGCAUGUAUGAGGUAACUGAAAUAACCCCUGGCACUUUGGCCAUUGUUUCAAUGCUGGUUUAUUUCAUUUUGUCUGGUGACACUGAGAUGGUUUCUGGUUCUGGCAAGCCCAGUGCCACCAACUAUGUUGAUAUCCUUCUCAACUUCUACCAUUUUAUCCUUACCCUACUUCACCGAGAGAAAACGACCACAGUCCAACCAAUGCAUAAGACCAUGGAUUGGUACAAGCAUUUGUUGUUUGGUCCUCCUGCAGGAGCAGGAGAUGCACAUGCAUCAGGACGAGCUGGAAGUCUUUCUUUGGGCCUGAGUGCUCUUCUUGAAGAAAUGGAGCAUAGUGGCAGUAAUGAAGCAGAUCCAGUGUCACUCAAUGUUAAUGUUUCCUCUGAAAUGCCUCAAGGUCCAGAACCAGAUGUACAGACUGAAGUGGUGGCUACCCCAGUCAGCCUGGAUGAGGGGAGGGAGACAAGGUAUGGGCGCAGAGGCCGGGCCCACACAGGUGACACUUCUGGGAAUGACAGUUCUCGAGAAGUUAGUCGUGGAAGGAGAGGCCAGAGAGGUGGAGCCCAGGGUAGCAGCAGUCGCAGAGGUCGUGGAAGUCAUGGAGGCAACAGCACUACACAUGGUGAUGAAUAG